AUGGAAGUUAAUCCUACAACCACUGUACCUCAAGGGCCACCAACUAAGAACCAUUCUUACACACAGCACCACCUACAUUCAGAAAAACAUAUCUAUAAACAUAACCAUAUCCAUUUCACCUCCAAAACCAUUCUCCUAACCAUUGCAGUUGUCACUUUAGUUACUGUCCUAUUAUUGAUUUUUCUGGUCAUAUUCUUGAUCCGUAGGCAAAAAUCUUCCAACAAGAGUGGAACUUGUGAAGAAGACAGCAGAGUGCUUCAUGACACAAGCAGCAGGCUCAUUGCUUCAACAACGUCCAACUUUAAUUCUAGCCCAGAUGUGAAAGGUGGGUGCCUUCAUGGGGGGAAUUUGAGCAGGACCCCAGUAGCUAAAAUUCGAGGAGUCCAAGUGUUCACUUACAGGGAGCUAGAAGUUGCUACGGAUGGAUUCAGUGAAGCAAAUGUGAUCGGUAAUGGAGGGUAUGGUUUGAUGUAUAGAGGAGUAUUAAGUGAUGGCACUUUGGCAGCAAUUAAGUUGCUGUGCAGUGACGGCAAGCAAGGGGAGCGUGCCUUCAGAGUAGAGGUCGAUCUCCUAAGCCGCUUGCACAGUCCUUAUUUGGUGGAGUUACUUGGCUAUUGUGCUGACCAAUCCCACAGGUUAUUGAUAUUUGAAUACAUGCACAAUGGUACACUGCACCAUCAUCUACACUCCCCCAACAAUCAAACUGAACCGUUGGAUUGGUGGGCCCGGAUGAGGAUAGCCCUUGAUUGUGGGAGGGCACUGGAAUUCCUGCAUGAACAUGCAGCGUCACCAGUGAUCCACCGUGACUUCAAGAGUAACAACGUUCUACUGGAUCAAAAUUUCCGUGCCAAGGUGUCAGAUUUUGGAUUGGCUAAGAUGGGAUCAGAGAAACGGAACGGUCAGGUUUCCACCCGUGUGUUGGGGACCACUGGAUAUCUUGCACCAGAGUACGCCUCCACGGGUAAGCUUACUACAAAGUCUGAUGUUUACAGCUACGGCGUGGUUCUUCUCGAACUGCUAACAGGACGAGUACCAGUUGAUAUCAAGCGGCCCCCAGGAGAACACGUCCUUGUCUCUUGGGCUCUUUCAAGGUUGACAAACAGAGAAAAGGUUGUGGAAAUGGUUGACCCAGCACUACGUGGACAGUACUCAAAGAAGGAUUUAAUUCAGAUAGCUGCCAUUGCAGCAAUGUGCAUACAACCAGAAGCUGACUACAGACCAUUCAUGACAGAUGUUGUACAAUCACUGAUACCGCUAGUUAGGAACCCAUCUCUUAGUUCAUCCAGUUCCCUGAGAUUUCAGAAACAAAAAACACCGAGUCCAAGUCACUAAGUGUGCAUUGGGUUUCUACAAUAUUCUGUUUGAAAAGAGUAGCAGCCGCCUGGAAAUAAAGUGGUUUUCCUUCUUUUAAACUGAAAAAGUGCUUCCACAGACAUUAAGGAGAAAAAAAAAAUGCACAAUAUCACACUUCAUUGGUCGUCAUCAAGUUGGCAACUUAGGUCACCGGAAUUCCGUCACUCCUACUGCCGCCAACAGCGAAAACGAGAGGAAGAAAAUGCAGGAGAGAGACAAUUCAAAUCUUCCU